CGGGGUGCGCGGGGCUCGGGGGCCGCGCGUUGCCACCUGCAGCGCCCGGGGCCGGCGGGACGCGCUUGGCCCUGUCGGGGGCUUACGCUGGGGGGGGAUCCUUGCAGGUGGGAGUCGAGAGCGUUUCCUAGCGCCCGAGCCAUGGUGGCCAAACAGCGCAUCCGGAUGGCUAACGAGAAGCACAGCAAAAAUAUCACCCAGAGGGGGAAUGUAGCCAAAACCCUGAGGCCGCAAGAAGAGAAAUAUCCUGUGGGCCCAUGGCUGUUGGCACUGUUUGUUUUUGUUGUCUGCGGCUCAGGUAUGGGUUUCUCGCUGCCCUUAUAUCCCGUGGUCUCCUUUGUCCUGUAAAAACACAUGUUUUAUUCUCAAGAAAAUGUGUGCCGUCCAGAGGUUCCAGAUGGAUGGCCAUUCUCGGUCUGCUCCCAGGUGGAUAAAGCCCUGACCCAGCCAUGGGCUGCUUCUUGACUGGGCCAUCACCUUGCUCUGUCCUGGACACUUGCUCCAGGGCAAAUUUGAAUUCACCGUGUUUGCAGGUCGACCACAUAAGCACUGGCCUUUCCUGGAGACUGCCCAAUCUAUCUUGAAAUUGUGACACCCAGAGGGAGUCACAGCCCCGAGACUGGCAAGUUUGAGGAACUGAGCAGCCCUGGGAGAAACCUUUCUGUUUCACCACAAAGGAAAGCUUGAGGACAUGCGUCUGCUCUGGAACUCCUGCCUCAGGAUCUGAGAUGGACGGUCUGGAAAAGAUGUCUCAUCAGCCACUGGCUCCCUCAAGCCAUCUUCCAGAUCAUUCAGAGCAUAAGGAUGGGCAUGUGAGCGGGCUGGGCUGUGACACGGCCCCCUGCCGCUGGAGGGUGGAGGCCACUUCAGCUCUUAGCCGGGUAUCUGUGGGAAGCUGACAAGCCACCCAGAAGAGAAAAAAAGGCUCCCUCAACUGUUCCCUGAUCACUUCAUCGUGGAUGUCAGACCAAAUUUCUUUCUCACAGGACAUCUCGGUACAUCUGUGUUCUCAAGCGGAAAGGACAUUUUGCUUUGCAGUUGGCAGGAUUGGUAGCUCUCCGGGUGUCUGCAGCAGAGCUGUCUGUCUGCUUUUGCGCUGGGUUUCACUGAUGUCUGCAUGUGGGCUUCUGAAUGAUCACCGCUUUACUUUCUAUGGAUACAAGCUCUGCUCCAUUGGGAAUUGCUUUUACAAAUAAAUGUCUUUGUUCAACCU